UCUAAGAGUAUAACGGACUUUUUGGUGCGAGCAUCGAAACAUCCAUGUUGCAAAACGAAAAACAGUAUAAUAAUAUAUUAUAAUAUUACUUAGUAAUAUUUAUUUAUUAGUCUGAUAAGGCGAGAAUGUGUAUCAAAACUCCAAAAAAAAAUUUAAACAAAACCCACGAUACAAAACCGAGAAGUUAUUUAAAGCACAUUCCUUAAUUUUAGUCUAGUAAAUGUCCCCGGCGCGAGUAACGAACUGAAACGAAGGAACGGAUGCAACAACUUGUUUUUGAUCGUGAAUACUGUUCUGUGGAGAAUAUUUAUCUCAACCGCUUAUAAAUAUAAAACAUAACCUCUAAGAAGUGAGAAGUGUAAAAUACUGUAAAACUAUGUUGAACAUGACGGAGGAAGACAAUGAUUCGUUGAUCACCACUCUUAAAUCGUUAAAAUGUUCAAUUUGUACCAGCAUUUUAUCAGUAGCACCAAUCAUGACCAUCAAUGAUGACGAAUACCAAUGUGGUAGAUGUAAAACUAUCAAACCCAAUAACACAGCCAUGCGAAACAAGAUAUUCGAAAAAGUAGCUCAACAUCUUAAUUUUCCCUGCAUGAACAACAGUUGUACAGCAGUACUUCCUUGGAAAGACGUCGAAAACCACGAAAACGACUGCGUCCAUACAACGAUAGUGUGUCCGAUUUUCCACGAAAAUUGCGAUGAAAAAAUCACGUUGAAGGAUCUGAAGAACCACAUAUUACAAAAGCACGGGAAUAAUAUAUUUUUCGAUCAAAUACAACUUACACUACCGAUGUUUAAAUCGUUUGUUUGUCUAGCAGUGGUGAGAUCGAUGGAGUUCUUAAUCUAUAUCAGUAGUGAUAAAGUACUGAUUACUUCAAUAAAACCUGCAGAUGAAAAAAUAACUUAUACGUUGAAGUUGAACAGCACUUUGGAAAAUCAUACCAGUUUGGUAUUCGAUAAUCAGUCAAUACAGUUGUUCAAUGAACGCAAACAUUGUUUUAGAUGUUUAGAUAAACGAUGCAAUUUGAAGUAUCAUCCAUUUUCUAGCGUAUACGCCCCGGUAGUUGAAAAAAAGUCGGUAGAAAAUGGCGCUGUGCGAAAAGACAAGUCAAACGCGCAGUCGCGUAGAAGAAACCCAUUGAAUGAUAUAAAUUCACCGUUCUAUGUACCGCCUAGAAUAACUGGAAACACAGAAUCUAUUUUUGGAACUCCUACACAAGAUAAUUCAGUGACAAUUACACCCCCAGCUCAACUUAAAUUCUCCUCUAUUUUUUCAAAAAAUGUAAGUUCGGGAUUGGGUUCUGCUGCGAAUGACAACAAUUUAGCGUUCUACGAGCCACCUACAACAACAUCAAGCUCUAACAAUACACCCCAAUUGUUUGGAAACCUUACAACCCUAAAAACUCAAAACCCUUCAAAACCGAAUGACUCCAAUUUACAAUCUACAUCUAACGAAAAUCAUAACGACAAAGACAAACCGAUUAAAGUCGCUGAAACCGAGGAUCAAGUUAAGGGGCUCAAAUGUACCACCUUUAAUCUAGCUCACGUUCAGAAUUUGAUCGGUAUGACGCCAUCUAUAGUAUUCACCAUAACGGUACCAUUGACUGAAGAAUGUCGACCGGAACCGAUAGAUUCGUACAUUCCAAGAAACUUGCUCAGUACUAUUGAUAACACUGACGUACUGAGAAAGAUUCUAGAGUGCCCGAUCUGCAACGAGUUGAUGCUGGAUAAGAUCUUCGUGUGCGAAAGAGGACAUCAAAUUUGCACCAAAUGCAAGAACUCUUGUAAUAAUCGAGGCACGUGUCCGUCUUGUAUGGGAGUGCUUGCCGAUAAUAGGAGUAUCGCUUUGGAAGCUUUGGCGGAAGAGUGCAGCCUUUGUUGUAGUUACAAGGAGGAUGGCUGCGAAUUUCGCGGGAAUCCCAAGAAUGUUUCAAAGCACGAGAAGAGUUGCGAACUGCGCGAAGGAGAAUGA